GUCUGGCUCACGUGAUGGUUCUAUGGGACUCUGGGAGGUGACAGAAGAUGUGUUAACCAAAAGUGAUGCUAGGCACAAUGUGUCGUGGGUCUCUGUGUAUGCCCACAUCACUCACAAGGCCUUAAAAGACAUCCCCAAGGAGGACACAAACCCUGACAACUGCAAGGUCCAGGCUCUGGCCUUCAACAACAAGAACAAGGAAUUGGGAGCAGUAUCUCUGGAUGGCUACCUUCAUCUCUGGAAGGCUGAAAAUACACUAUCUAAGCUCCUCUCCACCAAACUGCCAUAUUGCCGUGAGAAUGUGUGUCUGGCCUACGGUAGUGAAUGGUCAGUGUAUGCAGUGGGCUCUCAAGCUCAUGUUUCCUUCUUGGAUCCAUGGCAGCCAUCAUACAACGUCAAGUCGGUCUGCUCCAGGGAGCGAGGCAGUGGGAUCCGAUCAGUGAGCUUCUACGAGCACAUCAUCACUGUGGGCCCAGGGCAGGGCUCCCUGCUAUUCUAUGACAUCUGAGCCCAAAGAUUUCUGGAAGAGAGGCUCUCAGCUUGCUACGGGUCUAAGCCCAGGCUAGCAGGGGAGAAUCUGAAACUAACCACUGGCAAAGGCUGGCUGGAUCACGAUGAAACCUGGAGGAAUUACUU